AUGAACCUGAAGGGAAGCAAGCAUGGCCCUCCGAUCGCCCGCAAUAUCUCGUCCCGCCUGUCGGGCAAAUUGACCGUCUGGCAAACCACCGUAGCUGUGUUUCUAUGGCUCUAUAUCUGCCGCAAUUUCGCCAAGAUUGUUGGUCUCGAAAGCCCCGAACCCCUGGCGAAUCUGUACUCUCGGUCGUUUUUCCGCGCAACAUGGGUCACCACGGCACUCGACGCCGGUUUUUGGACUGCAAUGAGGAUCAAACCCAAGUGGCUACGGGAUAUCGCGUCGUUAAUAUUCACAGUCUACUAUCUUUUCGCGGCAGAGCAAGCAGAUGAUAUGGUGCGCCGUGUCCGCGCAACCCUGACCGUGGAACAUCUGCGAGUGUCGUGGAACAAGGGAACCACUCCAUAUCUCUGGGCACUUCAGAAGUUGGUCCGGCCCCGGUUGACGAGUUAUGGACCUCGAGCCAUCCGCAUCCCUCGCCCUAAACAAUCUAUUUACACCGAGCCGACGAAUGCAUGGCUAUAUUUUGACGGACCGCUAAGCGCGCUGAAAGAUCAGACAUGUGUGAUUCUGGAUAUUCCGGGCGGUGGUUAUGUUGCCAUGAACCCGCGCAACUCGGAAGAUCGACUCCUCACCUGGGCAGGGAAGACCAAACUGCCGAUCUUGAGUCUAGACUACAAGAAGGCACCCGAGUAUCCUUACCCGUACGCUUUGAACGAAUGCUAUGAUGUCUACCACAUGAUCAUCACCACGCGCGGCCGUUGCCUGGGACUGAGUGGAGUCACGCGGCCACGUAUUGUGGUUACUGGUGAUAGUGCUGGCGGAAACUUAGCUGUCGGGACGGUCCUGAUGGUUCUGCAGUCAGGGACUGAGGAUGUGAUGCCACGCCCAGAUGGUCUGGUACUGGCGUAUCCCUCCUUGAACAUGCGAGUUGAGAGCUGGAUGACGGAGGAGCAGAUGUCGUUGAUCCAGGAUAAGAGCGCUCGCCGGACGAAUAGGAACAUUUUGCAGAGAAAGAAUAUGGAUUAUCAGAGGCUGACGCCAUUUGCAUCGCCUGGACCAUCUACGGAAGAACUGAGGCAGGAGUUCUUGUCUGACGCGGGCUUGGAUGCGGAUGACCUGGGGGAGAAGACUUCGAAGAGACUUGCCGAGAAAUUGAACCAAGAUAGUCUCGCAGCUCAGACAGCUGCACUUGUUGAACAUCAGCCAAAACAGAUCCGGACUCGUUUAGCCGUGUCCUCCAUGAUCUCAUACGUUCAUGAUCGCAUAUUGACCCCAGAGAUGAUGCGAGCCAUGAUCAUCCUCUACAUUGGACCUCAUAACCGGCCCGAUUUUAGCACGGACUUUCUCUUAUCGCCUGUCUUAGCUCCCGAGAGCCUUCUUACUAGGUUUCCCAAGACCUACUUCAUCACAGGGGAACGAGAUCCACUGGUGGACGACACGGUCAUCUUCGCUGGCAGACUACGCCAGGCCAAAUUACACCAAUUUCGGGAAAGACAGGAACUCGGGCUUGAAAAAUCCCAUCGGGAAUUCGAUGAAAAGGACCACGUGGAGGUCUCCUUAUUACCAGGAGUGUCACAUGGAUUCCUUCAGAUGGCCGGAUUUUUCCCUGACAGCUGGAAACACAUCAACCGAUGCGCUACGUGGAUCCAGAAUCUGUUCGAUACGGAUGAAGUCAAGGAAUCGUCUUCUAGCCUUUUACAGUCGCUCUACGAUAAUCCUGUUGAUAACAAGAAUCUGACCAUAGAAACAAACGGGAAAGCGGGUCCCCGGAACCACAAGCGGAGCUUGACAGGUGAGUCCUCUGCAGACGAGGACAGGCCUCUGGAGAUGAGCAUGGGCAGAAUGACCCCUUUGACACCUGCGCACGGCAAUCUCGACUCAAGCGAGACUCGGCAAUCCAAGGAGGACAUGCCGUCACAGAAGCCCUAUCGUCCCCGUCGGGAGGCUACUGGCACCCCUGAUUGCAGACCUGACUCGAAGCAUGGAAUCCGAAAAAGAAGUUCAUCCAGGGGCCGAAAGGACUCAUCCAGCGGGCUCGGUAGAAGACGGCGUCUCGCCCCGACCAAGCUCACUCUGCCUGUUUCCGACGACACCAUGUCCGAUAACCUGGAAAGCCCAGUACGUCUUCGCAAACGAGAAAGAAGUCUCCACAGCCUUCCCAGUCACGAGGAUCUCUUGGAUCGCAGAAUGAACGGCUUAGCGGGCGGGCUGAUGGGAAUCGGGGAGGGAGCGCAGACGCCUUGA